CCACGAAAGAUGUAGAAAAGUGCCAUCUUUCCCAUAACGUUAGUAAUUGUGUUUUUUUAUAUAUGACGAGCCGCGCAGUGUGUCCUCCCGGUCAAUUUUCAGCAGUUUUCAGUUUCGUGCAUCCAACAUGGCUGGUUGUGGAGAUCAUGAAGAUUCGAGAGAUUAUUUGAGUGGUAUAAAUCGUGGUGGAAGUAGAAAACCACUGCCCACUGAACCUCCAUAUACUGCAUAUGUUGGCAAUUUACCUGAUGGAAUCGUUCAAAGAGAUAUUGAUAGAAUAUUUGAAAAACAGAAUGUGAAAAAUGUACGAUUGGUUAAAGAUCGAGAAACUGACAGAUUUAAAGGAUUUUGCUAUGUCGAGUUUGAAGAUAUUGCUGAUUUAGAAGAAGCUUUACAGCUUAAUGGACGAGUUAAAGUUGAAACGAACAUUGUAAAAAUAGAUGUUGCAGAAGGAAAAAGAAAUGAUAGAGGUGGAUUUGAUAGAAGACGAGGCGGAAAUUCAGCUGGUGGUGGAGGUGGAAGUUUUGGAUAUAAUGACCGCAGACCGCAGGGAAAUAGUGGUCCAGGUAGUAGACAAGGUCAGGGAGGAUAUAAUAGUGAUGUACGAGGUGGUAACAGAGGUAAUUAUGGAAAUUUCCAUGAAGACGGUGGUCCCGGACGAGAUUGGCCUUCUCGUAGUAGUAGUGGUCCUCCAAGGUCUUCUUAUGGAAGUACUAGUGGACCUCGACGUGGAGGAGGGCCUGGUAAUUCCGAUCGCAGUAAAUCUUUCCAAGAUGAACCAUUUCUUAAAGGACCGCCUCCAGACGUGAGUGGACGAAAAAAAUUGGUUUUACAAAAAAGAUCAGUUCCUGAUCCAGUUAAUGCACUUGCUGAAUCUAGUAAGAGUAGCUCUAUUUACGGAGGAGCUAAACCUCGAGAAGAAAGAGUAGAUUCGAGUGGAAAGUAAAUUUCACUACAAUUCACAAUUAAUUUAACUUUUCUCAUAAAACUUGAGAACAAAAAAUUUCAAGAACAAGAUAAAAAAAAAAAAAACAGAAUACACCAUCUAUAUCAUAGAACCACAAGAUUUAAAAAAAAAUGUUAAAUUUGAUGAACAGAAAAUAAGCAAUGUAAGGUGCUCUCGCAGUUUCUGAAAAUAAUAGUUAGAAGAAAUUUUCCGUUGCGAAUCAUAAACUGCUAUGUCAAACAAUAAUUUUUAUUUCUUUAACCUCUCAUGGAGCGUCUUCCUUAAGGGAAAGUAAUAGAUAAGAAAAAAAAAAAAACAA